AUGGAUGAUUAUUUUGACCCAUAUUUCGAUCAAGAUACAAUGGAUCAAUCACUCCUCACUUCUCGCAAUCAGUCUGGCUGCAGCAUUGUACCCUAUGAUGCUUACAUAGUGCCAUCUCUCUUUUUUCUGAUGUUCCCCAUUGCCCUGCUGCUGAACAUUGUGGCAGCAUGGGUAUCUCUGCACCUGAAGUCUACUUCCACAUUUGUGGUGUACCUGAAAAAUCUUGUGGCUGCUGACAUUGUCAUGACCCUGAUGAUCCCGAUCAAAGCUGGGGGUAGCCUGCCGGGUACAUGGCAGUAUUUAUCUGGGGCCGUUUGCAGGUUUUUCUCUGUUAUUUUCUACAAUGCACAGUACACCUGCAUUGCUCUGCUGGGCUUGAUCAGUCUGGAUCGAUUCUUUAAGAUCAUGAUGCCCCGCAGCCGUUUUUUUGGGCAGAGUUUGACCAUCAGCAAAGCGAUAUCAGGCACGGUGUGGGUGAUUCUGUUUGGGGUUGCAGGUUUACCAAACAUGCUUUUGUCUAACAAACCAGGCGUCAACAUGACCGACAUCAGCUCUUGUAUGGUUCUGAAAGGACCAGAGGGGAUAGCGUUUCAUGAGAACACGUCUCUUGCACUGAAUGUGUUUUUUUGGCUCGUCAGUGUGGUCAUUGUGGUUUGCUACAUCUGCAUCGCAAACAAAGUCAUUCAGUCCUACAGAAGGUCUGGCAGCAGUAACAGCCACGGUAAAAAGAAAAUCAAACUGCGAGUUUUUCUUGUUAUAAUUGUGUUUUUCGUGUCUUUUGUUCCAUACCACAUGAUCAGGAUUCCCUACACUUUUCAGCAAGUCAGCUAUUCCUACACAGAGUGCUCUCAAGCAUACGAAAACAUCCGGUUUGCCAAGGAACUCAGCCACUGGCUCGCUACAACGAACGUCUGCAUGGACCCACUUCUCUACGUCUUCCUUUGUCGAGAAUUCAAAGAGAAACUGAUGUCCAUGAUGAAGAAUAUUGUUGUCCUAUUUAAACCCGCCACAGGACACACAUUAAAAGCCUCAGUUUCCCACUAA